ACUGUAAGAAAUUCACCAUCCUUUAUUGCAUUACAAUUUUUAUUUGCUCUCCUCGUUGCAAAUAGGUAAUUCGUACAUGGAUAAAGGUGAGCAUGGCUCGUCCUCUGAGAGUGAAGGUGAAGCGCUGGGCCAGUACCACAGGGCCGCAUCCCGGGCCCACAGUUCCAGGCUGCCCUCGGCCCAUUCUAGACAAAAGACCUAUACUUGGGAAACAAGACAGAAAUACAGCCCUUUGUCUGCAGAAUAUGAUGGCUACAGUAGCGAGGCAUCAAUGGACGAAGGAAACUGCAUUCAGAGAAUGAGAAGAACACCCCCACUGGAUGAACUGCAGCCACCACCGUAUCAGGAUGACAGUGGUUCUCCCCAUCUCUCAUGUACGCCCUCAGAAAUUGGGGACAGUAAAUGUGAAUUUUCCCACUGCAGCAACAGUCCGAGAUGCUCCUAUAACAAGUGCCCGAGUGAAGGAAGCACAGGUCAUGAAAUAGAAAGUUUUCAUAAUAAAGGAUAUGAAGAAGAUGUUCCGAGUGACAGCACUGCGGUCCUGAGCCCUGAAGAUAUGUCAGCUCAAGGAUCAUCUUCACAGCUUCCUAAACCCUUUGAUCCUGAGCCAGAAGCUAAAUAUGGCACACUGGAUGUGACUUUUGAGUAUGACUCACAAGAACAGAAGCUCCUGGUAACAGUGACAGCUGUCACAGAUAUCCCAACAUAUAACAGGACAGGUGGCAACUCAUGGCAAGUACACCUUGUUCUUCUACCUAUAAAGAAACAGAGAGCAAAAACCAGCAUCCAGAGAGGACCAUGCCCUGUCUUCACAGAAACAUUCAAAUUUAACCAUGUUGAAUCUGAGAUGAUUGGAAAUUACGCAGUUCGAUUUAGACUGUAUGGUGUACAUCGCAUGAAAAAAGAAAAGAUUGUGGGGGAAAAGAUUUUUUAUUUAACCAAAUUGAAUCUUCAAGGGAAAAUGUCAUUACCUGUGAUAUUGGAACCUUCUUACAAUCAUUCUGGCUGUGACUCCCAGAUGAGCAUGUCAGAAGUGUCCUGUAGCAGAAGUACAUCCUCAUGUCAGUCUCUAGAACAUGGCUCAGUUCCAGAAAUUCUCAUUGGCCUGCUUUACAACGCCACCACUGGAAGACUCUCCGCGGAAGUCAUAAAAGGCAGCCACUUCAAAAACUUGGCAGCAAACAGACCACCCAAUACAUAUGUUAAAUUAACUCUACUGAAUUCCAUGGGUCAAGAAAUGUCUAAAUGCAAGACAUCCAUCCGCAGAGGGCAGCCAAAUCCCGUGUACAAGGAAACGUUUGUUUUCCAAGUGGCCCUGUUUCAGCUCUCUGACGUGACCCUUAUCCUGUCCGUGUUCAACAAGCGCAGCAUGAAGAGAAAAGAGAUGAUAGGCUGGAUUUCUUUAGGUCUGAACAGCUCUGGCGAAGAGGAGCUCAGUCACUGGGCUGAAAUGAAGGAGUCGAAAGGACAGCAGGUCUGUAGGUGGCACGCGUUGCUGGAGUCCUGACGGCUAGGACGAGCCUUUGCAAGCCCAGGCAGCGCUGUUGCCAGCGACGGCACUGCUCUUUCACCAUUAGGAGGGUUGUCCUUUGAAGAAUCAUCUUCAACAUUCUACCAAAACGUUCUGUGGAAAGGACAUCUAAUACAGACAUAAGUGAAGACAGGCUGUGUCUCCGGUAGGGCUUGUUUGGGACAAUGAAAAACUUCCAUCAUCCUUGUUAAACUAGCAGUCCUCAGAGCUUCAGGAACAUGCUAUUGGGUUGAAGUUCAUUUUACUUCAGCAAAAGAGCCAGUCACUUCCUGAAAAACAUCAAAAUCGUAAAUGAUUUUUUUAAAUUAGAAUUUUCCGUUGCCACACUAUUUUAGUAUCACCCUACAUAUUAUCCACAAGGCGUUUUUGACUGGCUCGUCCCUGGUGUUUGAAAGGUACCUUAAUAUGAGAAAGCAGUUCUCCAGCUCCAUUGUAAGUCACCUCUGGUGCUGAAAGGUUCCAGUCACAUUGAAAAUUGUUUUAUUUCAGAUAUUUUCCCUUUGCAGACUCAGUUCCAUUGUGCCUCCGUUCUUCUCAGUGGCACUAGAUCUAAGUGCAAGCAAGAUUUCACUGUCGUAAGGGCAUUUUGCGUGUUAUUUUUAAAACUCAUUUCUUCGUUCGCCUCUGCUUUUGCCCGAUCCAAAGAGACCAAGUCACUGCACUGGUCCCUUGCGAGUCCCUUAGACAGGUUGUUCUGCAGAACCACGUAACUUUCUGUUGAAAGCACUUUCUGUAUCCUUGUAUUCCAGUGUAGGAACCUAACAGAACAGGACCUUACCUUAACAUUUCCUUCAACGAUUGACUCUUUCAAAGUGUCAUAACGUGCAAAUACAUUUUUUACAAACUAAAAAACGUAGUAGGUAAGCCGUUGUAAAUUGAAAACAACUUAAGUUCAAGAAAAUUGUAACGAUCCGCUCUGAGUGUUUCGUAACCAGCGGUGCAUAAAGCAGGUAGCACUCACAUAAGAGCCCGUUCUCUCUUCUGAAUCUUCUUUGCUCUCACUUCAGUUCGUAUUUGUGAUAUAAAGACUCUCCAGUUCUCAGUUUGAAUCAGAACAUCAUGCUCAAAAUAGUUCUGAGAUUCCUUAUGAAGCUGACUCAUGGCUAAAUUUUAUGAAAUUUACAGAUACGUUCUUCAACGUGGUGUCAUCCUGUGCCUUUCCUGUACGUUAAAUUUGCUCAUACAGCUCGUAAGUUGUAUUUGCAAAGCUAGGCCUUCGAUUUUUAUAAAUGGGAGAUCCCUCAGAACAGUGUCACAAGCUCUUUCUUUCCUCGGAAGUGUGUGAAAGUUGUAAAAUGUGCUGUUUUUUAACUCGCGAGGCAUUUUCAUUUCUUGUUUUUAUAUUUAGGAACUCUGAUUAAUCAGGAAUAUUGCAGGCUGUUUUCUUUUAAAUUUUGCUUCUUACCCAGUAUAUAAUUUUAUGCAUAUACUUUAUUAAAUAGAAUGUUUUGUAUAUA